UAGAAGAAGAGGACUGCGGAUAUUACAACAGAGAAUGGCGAACUAAUAAACAAAUUGCUGUAUCUCGUUGUUCCGUUUAUUGUUUUGGUUUUGUUUUGAUCUGGGGGAAAUAAUAUCGGAUUGAAUCAUUUAUUUUCAACGACGUGCCCAUACACUGCGAUUUUUUUUAUAUAAGAGUGGCACUGAUAGCUCCAACGCUAUCGGGGUUGCUAGCUUUGUUUUUUUCCCCCACAGUUGCGAGCUUACGGAGACGAGGGGUUGGGAGAUGGCGUGCAGGAAAAGGUGAAGACAUCGAAUUAGUUGUGGCCGAUUCAAAUUUAAAGUUGGAAUCGAGCGUUCCAGUAAGUCGAACCUUUACAGUUCGACUCGAAUCGGGACAUUGAAGCUCUUCACUACCUGGUUGUCAUGGCUUGGGCUCUGAAGUUACCGCUUGCCGAUGAGGUUAUCGAGUCCGGUCUGGUCCAGGACUUCGACGCAAGUCUCUCCGGGAUCGGACAAGAGCUUGGAGCCGGGGCAUACAGCAUGAGCGAUGUACUGGCCCUACCCAUUUUCAAGCAGGAAGAGUCCAACCUGCCUCCGGACAAUGAGAAUAAGAUUCUGCCCUUCCAGUACGUCCUGUGUGCUGCCACCUCUCCUGCCGUCAAGCUGCAUGAUGAGACCCUAACCUACCUCAACCAAGGACAGUCCUAUGAAAUUCGAAUGCUGGACAAUCGGAAAAUGGGAGAACUGCCGGAAAUUACGGGCAAGAUGGUGAAGAGCAUCAUCCGGGUGGUGUUUCACGACCGGCGGCUGCAGUACACGGAGCACCAGCAGCUGGAGGGCUGGCGCUGGAACAGGCCGGGCGACCGCAUCCUGGACCUGGAUAUCCCCAUGUCCGUGGGCAUGGUCGACCCCCGGGCCAACCCCACGCAGCUCAACACCGUCGAGUUCCUUUGGGACCCCUCCAAGAGGACCUCCGUCUUCAUCCAGGUACACUGCAUCAGCACAGAGUUCACCAUGCGCAAGCACGGGGGCGAGAAAGGCGUGCCCUUCCGCAUCCAGAUCGACACCUUCAAGGAGAACGAGGGGGGCGAGUACACCGAACACCUGCACUCGGCCAGCUGCCAGGUCAAAGUCUUCAAGCCCAAAGGGGCAGACAGAAAGCAGAAAACGGAUCGGGAGAAGAUGGAGAAGAGGGCGCCGCAGGAGAAGGAGAAGUACCAGCCCUCGUACGAGACCACCAUCCUGACAGAGUGCUCUCCUUGGCCUGAGGUCACUUACGUUAACAACUCUCCCUCGCCUGGCUUCAACAGUUCCCACAACAGUUUCACUGUGUCAGAAGGCAAUGGCUCACCCAAUCACCAGUCAGAGCCCGUGGUGCAGGUGGCAGAUUUGUCGUGCCAUCUACUUAGAAGAGACAGUGAAAGCCCUCAGAAUCUGUUGCCUACGGCAACACCUCAGGAAGCUCAGCAGUGGCUCCAUAGAAACCGAUUCUCACCGUUUUGCAGGCUCUUCACCAAUUUCUCAGGGGCAGACCUGCUGAAGCUGACCAGGGAGGACGUCAUUCAGAUCUGCGGCCCGGCGGAUGGCAUACGACUCUUCAAUGCGCUGAAAGGCCGGGUGGUGCGCCCGCGUCUGACGGUGUACGUGUGCCAGGAGUCCCAGCAGGCCCGGGAGGAGCAGCAGAAACAGGAGAACGGAGACGCCGCCAGCAGCACGUUCUUUGUGUACCACGCCAUUUAUCUGGAGGACCUGACGGCCGUGGAGCUAACAGAGAAGAUUGCGCAACUCUUCAACAUCUCGCCGCGACAAAUCAGCCAGAUCUUCAAGCAGGGCCCCACAGGCAUCCACGUGCUGGUUAGCGAUGAGAUGAUACAGAAUUUCCAGGAUGAGUCGUGUUUUGUCCUGGACACAAUGAAAGCGGAGACUAACGAUGGCUACCACAUCAUCCUGAAGUGAAGACUCACUGAAGAGAAUGAAAUGGGGUGGGCUGCAUAACAGGGAAAAAUGAACCAAAAAAACAACAAAAAACAAAAAAGCGAAACCCUGACCCUCGCUGCUUUAGCACAACUCAACCUGCCACCCCCUUCAGGCUGCCCCUCCAGCCCCCCUCCUCCGGUAUUCCUAAACUGCACUGAAGGCCAUCCAGUUGCCUUGCUGCGAUACAUUUUGAAUUCUCAUGAGGAUGUCCCAGAGGGAUGAUGGGAACGAUGAUGCACCACAAUUUCUUUCAUUUCGUUUUAUACUGUUAAGCCUUGUCUUAUUUUGAAGAUGUGGGAGUGAUUGUGCUGCCCCUCACCCCUUCACCUUUUGUUUGUUUUUGUUUUUUUAAUUCUUGGUAUUAUCUUUGUAUUAUACUGUGCACUCUUAAAGAAGCGCACUGCCUGGGUCCCCAUGGCUCUUCACCCAAUGUCUGGUGUGACAAAGCUCACAAUCCCCAAGUGUGUCCAUUUAAAUAUAUACAUAUAUAAUGUGUGUGUGUAUACUACAUACAUACAUACACACGCACGCAUAUAUGAAUAUAUAUAUGUAUGUAUGUAUGUGUGUGUGCUUAUAUAUAUUUAUAUGUAUAUAAGUUUACCAGCAAAUACUGAGGGGUUAGUACUUGGGUGACCGUUAUGUGGUUUUUAAGCUGCCUCGUUCAUAUGAAUUAGGGGCGGAGUCUGAAUUAGUAUUUUGUCUCUGUCUGGCUUUGGACGCCUUCAUUGGGUUAAGAGCAAGAUGGCAGUGAUGGGGAAGAUGGACAGUGGUUAGCCACACACCGACACAGUGCAGUGUCUCUCAGAAACCAGCAGGGGGGCGACACUCCGCAGCGGCAACGGGGGCGAAAUCGACAUGGGCGGAGCAGUCCUGAACUAAAACCACUGUGAAAGCUGAGCAUUUCUACUUUUGAGACCGGGGGUGGGGCGGUCCUCGUUCUCUUUUGACGUGUGUGCUAACGCAAGUAAACGGGACUUCGACCAGGGGAAUCUUACUGUUCUUAUUGUCCAGGGUGAGUGAUGUGACUCCAGAUGUGGAUCUUUUAAAAACGAAAAGAAGCACUGUGAUAUGAACGCUCGCUCACCGAGGGACCCACGGAGGUGGCCGCUGCACGCGGGUGGGGCCUGUGCUACGGACGACUGAAGCCAGUGUUUGCCUGUCUCUGUGUUCAUGUGCCCCUUACCCUCACCCCCUCCAUACAUACCCCCACAUCCCUUGAAAAGUGUUCUCCAUCUUUCUACAGACUCCCACCCCCUCCCCCAAGCUUGUUGAUUUUUUCUGUGUUUUUUUUAUUUCUUCUGCCAGGGGUGACGUCACAUAAACCACAACAAUUAUCGUUUUCUUUUUUUUUCUUUUUUCAUUUGAAUUUUAACAAAAUUGACCCCUAUUUUCAAUCUGUACUGUCAUAGCCAUUACAAAAUGGAGAGAAGUAUGCAGCCUUGGAACAUGGCCUCUGUGGACUAGAGCUAGUGUGCUGUGCAGCUAACUGCAAGCCAGCGAGGAAUGUCCCAGGUGUUACAGGUGUGCUGUGUAUCUGCAUAGAGUGAGCCCAGCUCUCUCUCUCUGUCUAUCUCUCCCUCUCUCUCUCUCUUCUCAGCAGUACCAGCAGCAGCCGGUCUGUCACAGCACAGAGCUUGUACUGCUACCAUAAAGAAGCUGAGAGCAAGUUUAUUUCUAAUAUUUCUACCAUUAAACAUUAAAAAAACAAACAAAAAAACAAAAACAUCAUUCUUUUCUUAAUUGUAAAAAAAAAAGAAAAGAAUUUGAAAUCUGGGUCGAAAUGAUUUUUGUGAGAAUUGUCUGAGUUUUAAACUUUGUUCAUUAUCCUUUUUUCUCAAAGUCAGAAGUUUAGUGAUAUUCCCCAUUGCAGAUGCUAAUGAAUCUUGGAGCUGUGGGCACUCCGAUGCUGGUCCUGCAUGAGCAGCGAUAGUAAUAGUGUUUGGUGAUCGGCUGUCCGAGACACAGUGGUGAAAACCACCGUUGGGAUGGAACCGUGCUGCAGUUCGUCUGCGGUUCCGUACCCGUAAGGAUUAAACUGUGUACACACACA